UUAAGAAGCAGUUAGUUGUCUGCAACUCUUAUGAGAAGAGUGAGAGAAUGGUGACACGACAUACACAGUAGCCUGAAGAAUUAAGCAAUCCUGGAGGAUCACUUUUAUCUAUGGAGCUUGGCGUAGCAGAGGACAAGCCAAAAGAUAUUCAUACAAACCCAAAUCCAGGAGGAUGGAAGACCUUCCCCUUCCUCACAGGAAGCAUGGUGACAAUGAGCAUCGCAGCGUAUGGGUUGCCUGCAAAUCUGAUCGUUUACCUCAUCCAACAGUUCAACAUUAAGAGCAUUGCCGCCACACAGAUAACAAAUGUCGUAAAUGGAUUCACUAACCUCCUCCCCAUUGCUGGUGCCAUCAUCUCCGAUUCCUUUCUAGGAAGCUUCCCCACCAUUGCCAUUUCUAAUUCCAUUACCAUGCUGGGAAUGAUCCUAAUGACCCUUACGGCGACCAUUCCGUCUCUUAGGCCACACCCAUGCAGCACCAAUUCGAGCCAGGCAUGCCCAGGGCCAUCGGGUGGCCAACUUGCUGUCCUCUACUCAGCAUUUGCACUGGCAGGCAUAGGCGUAGCAGGCACUCGCUUCAACAUGGUGACAAUGGGUGCAAGCCAAUUUGACACCCCUGCAGAUCGCGAGAGCUUCAUCAAUUGGUACUUUUGCAGCAUCUACAUGGCGUUUGUGAUCGCGGUCACCGGUAUUGUCUAUGUUCAAGAUAAUGUAGGAUGGGGUUGGGGCUACGGCAUUUGUGCACUAUUGAAUGCCAUCAGCAUCUUGGUGUUCUUGGCUGGAAGGAAGAAGUAUAGAAUGAUUGAGCCCGAGGGUAGCCCCUUCACUGGACUAGCUAGGGUUCUAGUUACGGCCGUUCGGAAGAAUGGCAUGAGACUUAGAGGUAAGGUGGAUUCAGGGGAUUACUAUUAUGGAUGCAAGGAAGGCAGAGGUGGAGCUGAGGAUGGGAGUGUAGAAAUGAUGCAGGCAUUGCCUCCUCCUCCGAGUAAGCGGUUCAGCUUCUUGAACCGAGCGGCACUGAAGGUCCAAGGUGACAUGCACCCGAGUGGCUCGGUGGCCAAGCCAUGGAAGCUCUGCACAGUUAAACAUGUGGAGGACCUAAAGACCAUACUCAGCAUUGCCCCCCUUUGGUCUGCAAGCUUCCUUCUAAGCACAUCGAUUGGCGUCCAGGCAAGCCUUUCUGUGCUCCAAGCCCUUGCCAUGGACCGGCAUCUCGUAUCACACUUUGCCAUCCCUGCCGGCUCUUUCAGCGUCUUCACUCUCCUUUCCUCCGCCAUGUCCUUAAUUCUUCUCGAUCGCCUGAUAUACCCAUUCUGCAUGGCCCAUCUUCGCACACCGACGUUAUUGCAACGCUUGGGCAUCGGCCAUUGUCUGAACUGUACAGGGAUGGUAGCCUCUGCAUUGGUUGAGGCUAGGCGACGUGCCGUCCUCAAAAGUCAUGGACUCAUAAGCAUCCCGGCCAAUGCUGCAGCCCCUAUGUCUGCUUUAUGGUUGGUGCUACCAUUGGCUUUGGUGGGCUUGGGGGAGGCCUUCCACUUGCCAGGACAAGUGGGGUUGUACUAUCAGGAUUUCCCAAUGGCGCUGAAGAACACCGCAACUGCUGCUGUCGCUGCGGUCAUUGGGUUAGGAUUUUAUUUGAGCACCGCAGUUGUCGACUUGGUGCAGCGCAGCACCAAUUGGCUUCCAAACAACAUCAAUGCCGGACGCCUCGACAAUGUGUACUGGAUGAUGAGCGUGGUAACAUUGCUGAAUUUUGGGUAUUUCCUCAUUUGUGCGGGUUUGUAUGGGAACCAGAGUAAGGAUGGGAUUGAUGAAUCAGUGAUAAAAGAGGAGAGCAACAAGUAAGGGUGAGAAUUUUUGUUACUUGGUUACUGUAAACUGGGCAGAACUAGAAUUUCAUUGUCUGAGGUAGAUGGUGAGUUCAUAGCUGCUGCUUCUUUUUUUCUUACCUUUUGGGUAUGUAAUCCCAUAGCUACUAUUUUUUUC